AUGGAUAACUUGACAUUCACAAACGGAAUUCUCCUCAUAGAGGGACUGAAAGUUACACAACAUUCUUCUUAUCCUCUAUUCAUCCUGCUUCUUUUGGUCUAUCUCUUUAUAAUGGGAUGCAAUAUUGGACUUAUUAUUGUGAUAUUAACUGAGAAGAAUCUGCAUCAUCCUAUGCAUUUUCUGUUUUUUAACCUGCCACUGACUGAUAUAAUAGGGAGCACUGUCAUUAUGCCACGCUUACUGCAGGAUAUUCUAAGGGAAGCCUCAGAGCGAUAUAUGACAUAUGUGGAGUGUGUGGUUCAAGCUUAUUUUGUACAUAUAUUUGCAGCAGCAAGCCACUAUGUGCUUAUGAUAUCACUUACUUUACGCCUGUCUCGUUGCAGAUCUAACAUUGAAAACCCAUUCUGUGAUAAUGCCUCACUGUUCAAACUGUCCUGUGAAGAGGGUGUUGUUGUUAAUAAUGUGUAUGGAAUUUGUACUACAAUUCUUGUCUCUGUCGUCUCACUUGGAUCUGUAUUCAUAACAUAUGCAAAGAUUGCUACCGUAUGCAUAAACAGCAAAAACAAAUCAUUCAACAGAAAAGCCAUAAAAACAUGUGGCACACACAUAGCUGUUUAUUUAAUCAUGUUGGUUUCUUCUGUCAUUAUGAUUUUUUUGCAUCGUUCUCCUCCUCAAUAUUCUGACAGCAGAAAACUAGCUAGUAUAAUGUUUCAUAUUGUACCACCAGGACUAAAUCCUUUAGUGUAUGGUUUACAGACCAAAGAGAUAAGACAAAAGACUAUUAAAUUUUGUUUUAGCAAAAAAGGUUAA